GGGCAGCAGGCCAGAACAAACAACACUUCAUUACAAAGAACACAGCCAAGCUCGAUCGGGAGACAGAAGAGCUGCACCAUGACAGAGUUCCCCUGGAGGUGGGCAAAGUGAUCCAGCAAGGCCGGCAGAGCAAGGGCAUGACCCAGAAGGAUUUGGCCACCAAAAUCAACGAAAAGCCGCAAGUUAUUGCUGACUACGAGUCGGGACGAGCCAUCCCCAACAACCAGGUCAUGGGCAAGAUCGAGAGAGCCAUUCGCCUUAAACUGCGUGGGAAGGAUAUUGGAAAACCACUGGAAACCGGCCCCAAAGGGAAAUGACAACAAAGCCUCGAAAUCAGUUUGUUUAGACUGAUCUCGUCUGGCUGGUUCUCCUUGACCAGCAGGAGCUCUGUUCAUAUUGCCAAGCUGAACAAGAGGGUUUCAGACUUGCUCUGGGGGGGAAAUCUGCUGAAUCUGUACCUGCUGUAAAAAAGCAACCUUAAAGAAGUGAUUCUCCUGAUUGUGUUUUCCUUCCUCCUUUCCAGAGAUUGAGGAACUAAGCCCCCCAAAAUACAGCAUCUGAUUUGCCAGAACCCAUGUGCGUCUUGGUGUUUAGUGCUAAUGUUAAGGCACUUGAGGUGCUCUGAAAUGCAAUCAUUUCAUUGGAGCAAUUUGGGAACGGGUGGGAUAUCUUAUAUAUAAAUAAUGUGGGAGAGUUGGGGCUUACCCAGUGUCUGCAUUUGAAGUGACACCUCAGUCACUGCAUCGCAAUGACAUUUCUGUUUGUUCCUUCCAGCCUGUUUUAAAGAGAUCUAUAAUAAAGUUUGAUACCCUUCAGUUGCA